AUGCAAGCUGCAAACAAUAGUGCUUCAACAUCUGCUUCAACAAUUGUGAUUCAAGAAAAGGCCUAUCAAAAAAAGCCGGUUCUUGUGGUACGAAAUGACUCUGUGAAGAUGUUACACGCUAAAAAAAGAAUAGUUACGUAUCAACGAAAUAUUUCACAUACAUCAGAUCAAAUUUCACAUCCAACAGAUACGAUCGAAAAGAAUCGUUUUCUGAAAGAAACGAAUAAAUUUUCUGUUUAUGAAAACAAUGAAUGUAUUGUAUUACCAAAAAGAAAACGAAUACUGAAACUUCCAUUGCGAUGCUUUUAUUGUGGUGAAUGGUUCGAUUGUAAUGAAAACACUUCUGGUUCUUGCAAAGAAGCUCCGGACCCUAUCGAGCAUACAAUUCGUUUUCUGACAUGUUAUCCGGUAGCGGAAGGUGCUAUAUAUCAUUGUUGUAGGAGUUAUGACGAUAUGCCUGCUAAUAUUAAUCGUUUUGGACAAGGCUAUAAUGUAUUCUCAUUUGGACCACGCCAUACAUCACUAUUGAAACGUAUGAAAAGAUGGUUAUUUUUGGCGGUUAUGUCACUGAUAGUACCGUGCCUAUGUUGUUAUUUCCCAGCUCAUAUGAUAAACAAAUGUUUCGGCGGUGGCAAACGAGGACGUCAUCAAUCAUGUCAUUCUACAGUUGCUUUUAAAAGCUGA